GGCUCGGGGUGUCGUCUGUGUGCGUGCGUGCGUGUGUAUUUUAAAACCUGGUAUGGCCAGGACAGCAGCGACCUGAGGGGGAAGGUGGGAGAUGGGUCCGCGCGAUAACCGCCGAGAGGAGCGCCGCCUCAGCCUGCCCUAGAGACCCCGAGCAAGCGAGGAGACGGAGACUCCGGAGGCGCCAGUCCGGAGAAGCCCCAUGCGGAGGAGCCGGCGCGGAGGGGGCAGCUGCGGCUGCUGAGAGAGAGUGUGUGAGAGAGAAAAGAAAGAGACGGACGGACGGAGAAAGAGGGAGCCAAGGGAAGGAGGGAAAGAAGGAGUCUCGGGCGGCGGGGCGCCGGCCAAGCGGCGGUCUGGGAGCGGCUCACGGCAAGGGGGCGAUGUGCCCGGAGGAGGACGGGGGUUGCGGCGGCGGCGGCGUGGUUGGGGUGAUCUCGGCGCCGGGGAGCGCUGCCGCUUCUUCUUCCGCCGCGAGUGGAGGUCUGGAAGGGACAACGGCCGCUGCAGCUGGGACGACGGGCACCACCACCACGACCGCCGCCGCCACCCCCAGCAGCAACAGCGGCACGGCGGCUCUCCUGGGCGAGCUGCGCUCUUGGUGGGAAGUGCCGGCCAUCGCUCACUUCUGCUCCCUCUUCAGGACCGCUUUCCGACUGCCCGACUUCGAAAUCGAGGAACUAGAAGUAGCCCUUUUCAGUGAUGAUGUGGACUUCAUCAGUGAUCUUAUUGCAUGUCUACUUCAAGGUUGCUACCAGCGCAGUGAUAUCACAGCACAGACAUUUCAUGGCUACCUUGAAGAUAUCAUCAACUAUCGCUGGGAACUGGAGGAAGGGAAGCCCAACCCCUUGAGGGAAUCUACUUUCCAGGAAUUGCCCUUGCGCACCCGUGUGGAGAUACUGCACCGCCUUUGUGAUUACCGUCUUGAUGCUGAUGAUGUGUUCGAUCUGCUCAAGGGCUUGGAUGCAGAUAGCCUCCGGGUCGAGCCAUUGGGAGAGGAUAGCAAUGGUGCAAUCUACUGGUAUUUUUAUGGCACACGAAUGUACAAAGAGGAACCCAUCAAACCAAAUGGAGAGCUUUCUUCAGACAGGGGAUUUGGCUCACAGACAAGCACUCCAAACGUUCCAGGAAAAAUAGUAAAAAGACGAGGACGACCUCCCAAACGAAAAAAAUUGCUUGAAGAAAAUCUCUUGAGAGAAAAGGCAGAAGAGAAUGCACUUGCUCAUGAGACACAUCUGAGAAAUGGUUCUCAAGGACCUGGGCAUGGAACUUGGUGGCUGUUGUGUCAGACGGAAGACGAAUGGAAGCAGGUCACAGAGAGCUUUCGAGAGAGACCAUCUUUACGAGAGAGACAGCUCUACAAGCUCUUAAGUGAAGACUUCCUUCCAGAGAUUUGCAACAUGAUUGCACAAAAGGAGAAACGUCUACAACGGAUGGAGUUUUCUCCCAGAUGGAUGUCUGAUCAUCAGCACAUCAAGUCAGUCCAGCAAGAGGUAACUCCAGUGGUGCUUAGCAGAAUGGAGAAGCAGAGACGGAGAGACGAAGAAGAAGAGCGUCAGAUCCUUUUGGCAGUUCAGAAAAAAGAGCAAGAACAGAUGCUGAAAGAGGAAAGAAAACGGGAAAUGGAAGAGAAAGUCAAGGCGGUGGAAGAACGAGCCAAAAGAAGAAAGCUCCGAGAAGAACGAGCAUGGCUUCUGGCCCAGGGAAAGGAGCUUCCUCCUGAGCUUUCUCAUCUGGAUCCUAGCUCACCUGCUAGGGAGGAGAGGAAGGCCAAGGACCUCUUUGAACUGGAUGAUGAGUUCACUGCCAUGUACAAAGUUUUAGAUGUGGUGAAAGCUCACAAGGACUCCUGGCCAUUCCUGGAACCAGUUGAUGAGUCCUAUGCUCCAAAUUACUACCAAAUCAUUAAGACUCCCAUGGAUAUCUCCAGCAUGGAAAAGAAGUUAAAUGGAGGCCAGUACUAUACAAAGGAGGAGUUUGUGGGGGACAUGAAGAUGAUGUUUAGGAACUGCCUUAAAUACAAUGGUGAAACCAGUGAGUACACUAAAAUGGCUUAUAACUUAGAGAGAUGUUUCUACCGGGCAAUGAUAAAGCAUUUACCUGGAGAAGAUGGGGACACAGAUGAUGAAUUCUGGAUCAGAGAAGAUGGAAAGCGGGAGAAAAAAAGCCGUCGGACUAUACGUUCUAGCACAGGGAAUCCUUGGACCCGAUCCAGAGACUCUGAAGGACCUGGCAGGAGACAACCACAUGUGCAAAAUGGAGGAAAACUUCCACCCCAUAAAGCAAAACAUCGAGUUCCCACUUCUUCCUCCUCUUCCUCCUCCUCCUCUAUAGAGGAUCCACGUCACAGCUCAGUUAAUCCUACUGGACAAGUUGCUUCUUCCAAUGGACGAGGUGUCCUGCGUUCCCAUCAUUAUGGUGGAAUACCCAGCCAUGUUUCCCAUCCUGGACAGAUGAGGUCAACAAUGCAAGGAACAUUUAGCUCACCUCAUGGGUCUGAUUCUGCAAAACCAUAUGGAUCACCUCGAGUACCAGAACCACACCCUGGUGAGCCAAGUCAGCAGCAGCAUUUUGCCAUGCAGCCUAGCAUUGGACUGAAUAAUACCAAAGGACAUCGGCUUCCUGUUCCAGAGAAACAGGUGUGUGCAGGACCAAUGCAUGUCUCUGCAGUCGGAUCACAACCUGGGUCCCUGCCACUUGGUCGAAUGAGUGGCCCUCCCUCAGAUGCCAGUAUAUACUCCUCUGCACAAUUUCAGCAAGGAUUUCUUUCUCCAAGGCCUAAUGGACCCCCUAUGAGACAACCAGAGACCUCAGACCUUCCUCCUGGCCAUAUGUAUAGGACUUAUAAAUACAUAAACCAUGCACAUCCUGCUCUGUGGAAUGGAAGCCAUGAUGCAGCAAACCAAGUGACCCUGGGAGUAGACAAGAAAUCUCCAAUGGGCACAUGCUCCCCUGUGCCACCUCGUCCUUUAAGCCACAUGAUGGAACCUCGGAUACUUAGGCCAUCUUUGCCACCUAGUCAGUGGACUGAUCAGCCUAAUUUCCUACCUCAUGGAGCUCCACCCUCAGGGUAUAUGCGACAACCUGGAAAAGCCCUUGGUCAGCGAAUACAGCAGCAGCUACCAGCUUCUUUGUUUGGGCCUCCUCCUCAAAUACAGAGGGGAACCCCGGGUGGAGAUUCCAUGAUGGACAGUCCAGAGAUGAUUGCCAUGCAGCAGCUGUCCUCCCGGGUAUGCCCACCUGGUGUGCCUUAUCACCCACGUCAGCCUCCUCCCCCUCACUUACCUGGACCAUUCCCACAACUGGCCCGUGUGGCAGCUAUGAAUAUUCAACCUCCAAAACCUGUUUUAGGGAACGGGAAUUCUCAGGAUGCCAGUCAGACGAUAGAGACAGAGAACAAGCAAGUGGAGCCUCCACCAAGAGUGGAACAAAAAACCCAGUCUAUUAACCUAUCUGAAGGGACGUACCCGAAGCUGCUACCUCAUUCAAAGCCCCCUUUGAAAACUGAUUGCUCCAGGCAGAACUUGACACAGGAAAGAUUGGGAGAUGAUUCUGGAACUAAAAAUGAUCGAAAGGCAUCACAGAGCAAGAGCACAUGGGCAGCAGAGAGUAACUAUACAAGUCCAGUAGCCCAGGAGUGUGUGAGGGAUAUUGUAGCAUCAGCAAGAGAGAGAGGACCUUUGCCUGAAAACGGUACUGCAAGUGACGGGCCAUCCAGUGGUACAGAAGGGAAAACAGCGGGUGCUAACAAAACUGAGAAACCCCAUUGCACUGGAGAAAAAAGUAUGUUGGAAACAACUGUGCCUUGCAUGGGACAGAGUGCUGGUGCUCCUGCUGCUAUAGAUAGUAACCCAGCUGGAAGUACCUCUGGACAGUUUGCCCCACUCUACAUGCCCAAGCUGGAGUAUCCAAAUUCAGCCACACACUACCACAUCAAUCCAGGAUUGCAGGGGUUCAAUCCUAUGAUGGGAGGGAAGCCCCCUUCAGUUUCCCCCUCUCAACAUUUUCCCACUCAGGCCUUUCAGCCAAAUAACACCCCCCAUGGUGUUUUUCCUCGCUACCGUCCCCACCAAGGAGUCCCAUACCCUUAUCAACCACAGCCUUCCCCUUCUUAUCACCACUAUCAACAGCCUCCUUACUAUACUUGUACGCAAGGUUAUUCAGACUGGCAAACACCUUUCCCUCCCCAGUCUAGUCCCACUGGACAUCCGCAUGCACAGUCACCACUGACCAGGCCUCCUUUCUCAGACAGAGGAGCCAUGAGCAAUGUCAUGCAGGGCUGUGAGGUGUUUAAUACUGCUUUGUCUUCCCCAAACCGAAUGGACAUGGCAAGCACCAAAGAAAUUCCAAGCAGUGGGCAAGAGUUGCCACCAGAAGCUGAGAAAUCAGAUGGGUGCCAAGAGAGGCCUGAAAGUCCCAAAGAGUUUCUUGAUUUGGACAACCAUAAUGCAGCUACCAAGAGGCAAAGAUCAGUUGCAGCAGGAGAGUACUUGUAUGGCUCCCCUCCACCAUCUGCGAGUUCUUCUGGGCUUGGAUUUGGGCCCUCUGCUUUCCCACCCCAUGGUGUCAUGUUGCAAACAGGCUCAACCUAUCCCUCACGACAUCCAUCCAGUCACUUCCACCCUAGACCUUAUGGGCCACCAGUGAGUGCUCACUUGUCGCAUCAUCUAGUCACGAGUCAAGCGAAUGGCUAUGUUCAUGAGGGACCUCUGUAUCGUUGUCCUGAAGAGAAUGUGGGCCACUUUCAGGCCUUAAUGAUGGAGCAGACAGGACGUGGAGGAAGCAUGGAGGGACUAUCCCCAGAUAUGUACAGAACAUCAGGAAUGCCCAUGCACCAGCAACAAGCCCCAUUUCCAAAGGUGCCUGCAGCAACAGCAACCCAGGAAGAGCUGCCAAGACAAAAACCAUCAGCAUUGCCUCUAGAUCAAAGCUAGUCUAAGAAGUGAAGGAUUUGAAGAAGAUGAGAGCCUCCUGUGACUGAAGAAGAGUAAAGGAGAUUGUGAUUUCUACCAUCAUCUUUCUCAGCAGCAUUUGGCUUCUAAGUACUGGUGGAACACAAGACCCUCCAAGGUGUGGAAUUUUUCUGGAUCUGAACCAGCCAUUAUGGCAGCCACAACAACUGGGAGUGUCUCAGAUUAUUGAUUUACUUCUGCCAGAGGCUUGGUUUUCUUCAGGGUUUGAAGGACCUGUUUGAAAGACUUUAAAACUUUCAUGACCUGCUAAAACUCAGGUAUAUUUUUCAGGGUGAAAGACAGGAGACUGUGGAAAGUACUUGUAUUAAUGUGUGUGUUUGAAAUUGAAUCCAGUUUACAAUUUUUUAACUUGUUGCCUUUAAAAAACUUAUUUCUGUUGGUGAAUGUAUUGUACGUUAGGAUCAGAGCGGUAGGUCCAAAGCAUUCAGAGCAUCGCACUGGUUGAUCAUCAACUGUUUACAAUCAUGUCACACUGAAAUCCCUUAGGAGAGGAAAAGUGCAAGAGAUAGUGGAACCAUACAUGAUUUUUUUUUCAUUGGCAUCAUGUAUUAGCAGUUGGGAGCCGAGGGGCUGCCUGAUGUAUCAUCACAGGAAUUGCUCAGGUAAAAUCAAUGUUCCCCUCUUGCUCAUGGAUGGAUUGUAUGCACUGUUGCUUCUUGCUAGUGUGAGACUGAGGAAAUCAGGAACUAGAAUUUCUGGAAACUGAAAAAAAAUGUUGAGGUUGUACUAGCUUUUGCUCAAUAAUUUUUGAAUGGGAAUCAUAAAACUAUGGAUGAUUCAGGUAAAUUACUUAAAGUAAACAUUAAACAAACCGCCUUAGUUACAUCAUUAAGCAUUAAAAAUCCUUAGUCCAUAAAGUUCUAGGAAAGGAGAAAUUCUUAUGGAGUCUUCUUUAGCAGUCCUUCAGAACAUUUGAAUAAGGCAAAGAACAGAUGCGUAGUGAGUUAUUUGGUAUCACUAUAAUUCAGCAUGAUCCUGUGAGAAUUGUGCAGAAAGAGAAAUUCUCCUUUGAACAUUUGAUAUAAUAGAAUAUAAACAUAUCUCCUGAGAAAGGAACCACUUUUGAUCCUAUAUGUAAGCACCACAACAUAUAAAUUAAGGAAUAUAAUCUUAAUCCUUCUCUAUGUUGCAAAGACUGUAUAUUUUGGACUUCAGAAUUCUCUCUAAAUUUGCCCAGCAGAUCAAACUGUCAGUGACAUUGCUAUGACUGCAGGAACUGCAAAACUUGCAUGUGACAUUGAUAUGCUUGCAGACCAAUGUGGGGAUACCAGACCUGGGAUAGUGAAGGUGUUACCAGCUGACACAAAACCAUAUAAAGGGGUUUUCUGCUGAAACUCUGAUAGUGCUGUCACUUGCCAGGUUUACUGUCCAGGUGCGCCUAGUAAAUGAAAAAAGCAGUAGAGAAAUUAUUGUGACAAGAAAGACUAAGGUUUGCAAUGCUGCCUACAGUAAAAUAAUGUGGAAACUUGAUUUGUAUUUAGCAAAUCUAUGUUUCUAACCUGGCUAGGAUGCAAAUGCAUUAGGGAUACACAUUUUCUGGGCACUACUUUAUUCUGCUGAUAGAUUUUGCUCUCCCUGUUUUUUAAAAAAAUUGGAUUGUGCCUGCUGCAAGGUUGGAAAUAAAUCAAGUAAUUCCUCUGCCCUGCCCGCUCUCCUGCUACUGAUCCUUGCUUGUCUCCUUUCAGUGUAAGUUUGUAACUGAGCAGGAAAAUCCCAUGUCUGCUUGAAUGUCUCUAUUCAGAUCUAUGUCUAGAGACAGGAAUGGGUGCUUAUACAAGCAAGGAAAGAAAGAUGUGAACCUAUAUCUUCCUCCCAGUCUCCCUGCAGGCACAGUGCCAAAGACAAGCAAUAAAAAGGUUCACAACCACAUCUCUAGUGACAAUUAGGGUAAAUUAGCACCAAUGCAGUGCUAUAGUAAGUGGCUUAUACAUGUAUUAUAAAAUAUAAUACAUACAAACUCCUACAUUACAGAUAAUACUUUUCAUUUACAUUUCACACUUCCAGAUUACUGUUUGCUGGUUCUUUCAUUAAUUACCAGAACCUUAAGUCAAAUCAGUAUCCUAAUAACAUAAACUCACAAGUAGUUGCUAUAUGAAUUUGGUGUGGGUACCAAAGUGCUCUCUAUAGCAAUUAUUAAAUAUUAUUACAAUGGCUUUCCUUUCCCCCCUAAUUUCUUCUAGUCUCUUGUCUAAUGAGUUCACAAAUACACAAGAGAAAGUGUCAUUCCUUGUGUGACCCAAGCUUUAUUUUGGGAAUAAAAUCCAGUUACAUAACUUUCUUAGUUUGUGAAACAAAAAUUAAAAAAAAAAGUCACCGCACUUUACAAACAACUGUUUCAUUGUGAAAUGUAUUUUCAAAGGGACAAGUCAACUACAUAAAGCAAAUUAAUUGCUGGUAAAAGCUUACUUCACAGUGAGCUUGUUAGAAUGAGGUUAAAACCCCUUAUAUGGGUUUGGCAAAUUGGAAUUAAUAACUAUAUACAGUGGUGCCUCGCUUGACGAUGUUAAUUUGUUCCAGCGAAAUCACUGUAGA